AUGGACGCCACAGAUGACAAUAGGCUGACCCAUACGCCCGGGCUGGAACGCGCCCGAGAUCCGGAAUCUCUCCAAACUCUGGGUGCGGAAGCCCUCCACUUGUGUGACUACGAAGUCGCUAGCAAGCGAAAGACCUUGCCGGGCAAUCGCGAGAGAACCGAAGAUCAAUUAGGCUAUGAUCGUGCUGUGAUGAGGGACGAUGCUGAGGUUGAGGACUGGACUCUCUUCAUUGAGCAGCAUGUUUCAACAUUCUAG